AUGUUCAGUUUCAUCCAGCUCUGCCAAUUGGCAGCAGUGCUACCAACUUUGACAUCUGCUCAAAAUGUGUUCGCUCACGUUGUUAUGGGAGUUACAGGGGGCUACACAGUCGACAAAUGGAUCUCAGACAUCCAGCUCGCCCAAAACCACGGUAUCGAGGCCUUUGCUUUGAAUAUCGCCCCUCCCUUUGAAGGCACGACAGCAACACAAGUCAGCAAUGCUUUUACGGCAGCCAAUGAUCUGGCUGGUCAACUUUCUUCGGACUUUAAACUUUUCUUCUCCUUUGACUAUCUUGGAGGCGGAAUUCCAUGGACUAGUGGUGAGAUUGUGAAUGUCUUGAAUGACUAUGGUAAGAACGGGGCACACUUUCAGGUCGAUGGUAAGCCUAUGGUGUCGACUUUUGAGGGUACUCGGGAUGAAGAUAUCAAUUCCUGGCCUGGAAUUCGAUCCAGUGUUCGAGAUACAAUCGGAGAUAUAUACCUCGUUCCGGACUGGGAUAGUAGAGGGCCGAAUGGCUUUGACAUCAGCCUUGUGGAUGGAACUUUCUCCUGGAAUAUGUGGGCCAACGGCCCCAUCAACAAAACCACAGACAACGACUACGCCUGGAAGAACGCGGCUGAAUCGGCAGGGGGGAAAUCCUACAUGAUGGGCAUCUCCCCUUGGUUCUACACCGACCUGCCUCAAUUCCACAAAGCCUGGGUAUGGAGAGGCGAUUCCAUGUGGUCGGACCGCUGGAACCAAGCUCUGGAAGUAAAACCUCGCUUCAUAGAAAUCGUCACUUGGAAUGAUUUUGGAGAAAGCCAUUAUAUCGGGCCCAUUGACGAGAGCAGCAUUGUCUCGGGGGCGAAUCGCUAUGUUGAUAAUAUGCCUCAUACAGCGUGGCUUCAGACUCUGUCGUAUCAGAUUGCUGCGUAUAAGCACGCUUAUAAUCCAGACUAUGCUGCUGCUGCUGCUAGUGUUGGCUCAGGGGAUGAGAAGAUUGUGUACUGGUAUCGUACUACUCCCGCCGCUGCUGGAUCAACGGAUGCCACGGGGAAUGAUUGUCCGUCUGCGAUCAACACUGGGGGAUAUCAGACUUGCUACGACACUUCUCAAAUUCUUGAAGAUGAGGUUUUUGCAAUUGUCAUGGCGAGCAAGGCUGCGACGGCGACGAUCAGGAUUGGGGACUCGACGUCAAUGUAUCGCGUUGGUGCUGGGAUCAAUUCGAUCUCUAAGCCUUUUAAUGGCGCUACGGGGAGAGUGUCUGUCUCUUUGGAUGGUGUGGUUUCUGGAUCUGGUGUUGAGAUUGUCUCGUCACCUGCGGAUGGUGUUGCGAACUAUAAUGCUUGGGUCGGAUGCGCUGGAUCCUGCAUAUAG